UAUAACCCCCAGGACUUUUUCUUAUGAAUCCCUUUGGCAUUCAUUCUGGAACACCAGGUUCUUUCAGGUUCUGUUUGUUUUUCCCACUUUCCACAGGGUAGAUUCAAUCCUGAAAUACUCAUUGGCCAUUGGAUUAUCAUCUCCUGAGAUUCAACAGCAUAUUAGACAGCAGAAUAGUGCUAUCAAACCACCCAUCAUCUGUGAGCUGAAUAUGACCAGAUUUCUAUGCUGACAUAUAUCACUAGAUUUGGAAUGAUGAGACCCCUGUUCACUGCCAACUUCCUGUUCCUGCUUUCAGGGACUAUAAUGUCCCAGAGACCAAGAAUCAGGUGUGAUGUUCUGCAUUUAAAGGACUUUGGUUUUUCAAACCCCCAAGAUGGGCAUUAUUCAUUCAAAAAUGAAGUCUACUUAAAUGGCCAAACUGUCUAUAUAUAUGACAGCAAGAGUAAGAGGGCAGUGCCCCAGCCAGAAUGGCAAAAUGUGGAGAAUUGGAAUGAGGUAAGCCAGCUUCAGAAAGAGAGAGAAGAGUUGAUCAUGAAGGACUUGGAAGAAAUCCGAAACCUUAAUACAGAUAAUACAGGCAUCUACACUACCAGUCAAAAUGUGGCUUGUCAACUUUGUUCAAACGAUGCUUUCAGGAUGAGUGGAUAUACUUUUGUUGAAGGAAAGGAAUUCAGUAAGAACUCCAAGAGAGUAUUCACUCUGGCCACACAAGACCCUGCAGCUGAAAUGAUGAAACAUCAAUCGAAGCAAGACCCAAUGUUCCAUGGAUAUCAGGAGAAAAAAUGUAUUGAAAUACUCCAAAAAUACCGGAAUUAUAGGGACGCUCAUUAGGACAAGCCAGAUGGUCAGGGGUGAGGGGAACUUAGGAACAGUGUUUCCUCACCACCCAAUAAGAGGAAAAUGAGCAGCUGUGAAGAUUUUCACCACCAUGAUGAUCUCCCACCACUAUACUCUUAAUUACCAGUUUCCAGUCAUUGGAUUUCCAGUCAAGAGAAUUACAUAGAUCCUGAUCCUUCCCUGGGAGAGCUUACAAUAUGAGAGAAAUAACAUUAAGAUGAACAAGGAAAUAUCAUUAUAAAAUGAAAUAAAAGUCAUAUAGCAUUG